ACAGUGAAGAAAGUGGCGUCUCUACAUUCACAGUAAGGGCGAGUUUAUGAAACAGCCUGCUGUGAUUUCUCCUCCAUUAGCGAUUUAUAACAGUGCUUUCCUUACCCAGACCGAGGGGCGAGGUGGGUCAAAGAAAACAAUUCAGCGUCAGCUCGCAAUGGAAACGAGUCUUCAGCGGAACAGAAAUGUUUGUGGACGCUUUGUGGACGCAAGGAAAAUGUCUUGACUGCUCACGCUGACGGUUCGCGGUAUUUCCUAUGCUGUAGUCUUUUGUGUUGAACAGUUUUUAAAGGGGAUUUGGUAGAUGGCGCAUCCUGUAGCGUGGACUUGAAGCGUUGACGCCAGUAUAUUUCAGAGCUACUUCUGAUGACCGGGGCAGGCAGCCAAAGAAUGGACAAAAAUGAUGCAUCAUGUAAUCUGUUUAUCUAAACUUUGAGCAACAAUUUUAUGUUGGGGCGAGUGACUGCAUGGGCAACAGCAGAGAGGAGUAGGUAACUGACUAAUGUUGAUGAAAAAGAGCUUUCAUUUCCUUGUUUCGUUGUGAAUGUUUGACUCUUCUGUUCGUGGACGUAACACGCACUUAAAGGAUCUGAGGGACGACACGACAGUGUGUGUUGUGAUGCUUCUCCUCCAUUCCCUUUAUUGUGUCAGUUUUGGUUUCUCCUGCAACAUCUGUGUUAUUCCGGAAUGGCUCGCUUUGAAGACGAACCGACCAGCCGCUGUGGAGGCAGCUGUUCCACGGGCCCGGCCAGAGGUGCCAGCCGGCAGCCGGGGCCUCCGGGGGUCCAGAGAAUGUACAAGCAGACGAUGGCUCAGAGAGCCAGGACAAUGGCUCUUUACAACCCCAUUCCAGUCAAACAGAACUGCCUUACCGUUAAUCGCUCCCUGUUCAUCUUCAGCGAGGAUAACAUCAUACGGAAAUAUGCCAAAAAGAUCACCGAAUGGCCUCCAUUUGAGUACUUGAUCCUGGCCACCAUUAUAGCAAACUGCAUCGUGCUGGCUUUGGAGCAACACCUACCGGCCUUAGACAAAACACCGAUGUCAGAGCGUUUGGAUGACACAGAGCCCUACUUUAUUGGGAUAUUUUGUUUUGAGGCUGGCAUCAAGAUCAUCGCCCUGGGCUUUGCCUUUCACAAAGGCUCCUACCUGCGCAAUGGCUGGAAUGUAAUGGACUUUGUGGUGGUCCUAACAGGGAUCCUGGCCACUGUGGGUGCUGAUUUUGAUCUAAGAACACUGAGGGCGGUGAGAGUACUGCGGCCCCUCAAACUUGUCUCUGGCAUUCCAAGUCUGCAGGUGGUAUUGAAGUCCAUUAUGAAAGCCAUGGUACCUCUGCUGCAGAUUGGCCUGCUGCUCUUCUUCGCCAUCCUCAUGUUCGCUAUCAUUGGCCUCGACUUCUACAUGGGCAAGUUCCAUCGCACCUGCUUCAGGAUAGACACAGACUCUGAAAUCAGCAGCUCUGUGGGGGUGCUGAAGCCCAGGCCAAAGGAGUAUGACACUGGUGUGGAGUCUGGAGAUGACCUGGAGGAGGACUUCACUGUUUCGUUUCCUUCCGUUGUGGAUGAGCAUGAACGUCUGACCUACAAACGGGAGUUUGACCGGGAUCACCAGGAGUACAAGAGCCUGCAGGCUGAGCUGGACAGCAUAAACCAGGACCUGGCUCACCUGGACCAAGAGCUGGACAGAUACCCUGAAGGCAGUCCACAGUUCCUGGUGAGUGUGGCGUGCCAGUUUGAGUUGUGGUUCUUGAACAACACCCCAUCCAGCAACUUCUAUAUGCCCCAGAUCCACCUCUCAUUCCUGGGGAGACUUCCAAGAACCAGUAUCCCACCUCGGGGCACCUUGCCCACCAGCCGAACCUGCGGACGCACUCUUUAG